AAUCGAUCUUCUUACUGACUCAGUUAAGCUACAUCGGUCAACUCAUUUCUUUUUUGGUCUCGUGAUUUUCUUCACGAAACGCUAAUUUUAUUUCAAUGUAACAAAAUAUAGAUUCUUGUGUUUUCCAUACUAUUCAAAUAGCACAUUUUAUCAUUCACAGUAAAGAUAUCUUUAACAAUUUCGGCGAUGGAGACUGAUGAAGUGGUGCCUGAAAACGGAGACAUGUUCGUACAUCGAUUAAAACAACUAACUGAUGAUGAGAAAAAGAGACUGGAGGAACAGAAUAACCGUAUGAUUCCAGAGUCCAAAGCGGUUAAAUUGGAGAAAGAAGCGAAACGUCAUUGGGAUAUAUUUUACAAGCGGAAUGAGACGAAAUUCUUCAGAGACCGGCAUUGGACGACACGUGAGUUUCAAGAGUUGAUAAAUUUCAAUGCAGAUCAACGCAUCGUGUAUUUAGAAUUGGGAUGUGGUGUCGGGAACAUGAUUUACCCACUAGUUGAGGAAGGAUUCUCAAAUUUCUACUUCUACGCUUGUGACUUUUCGCCACGUGCUGUCGACUUCGUAAAGGCGAAUAAAUUGUACGAUGAGAACAAAAUGAAGGCGUUUUGUGCUGAUCUAACUACUGAAGACUUAUUCGAGAAUGUUCCUGAAGGUUCUGCGGAUAUAGCGAGCUUGAUAUUCGUGUUGUCAGCUAUCCAGCCGGCGUCCUGGGGGCACGUUGCCCGCGUGGCUUUCCGCGCGCUCAAACCUGGUGGCGUGUUGCUCUUCAGAGACUAUGGGAGAUAUGACAUGGCACAGCUGAGAUUCAAGCCAGGACACAAGAUUGCUGAGAAUUUUUACAUGAGACAAGAUGGCACAAGAAGCUACUACUUCACGGAAGAGGAGUUAGCAAAAGUGUUCACUGAAGCUGGUUUCGACAUCCUUAUGAACACGUACGUUGAACGCCGCACUGUCAACGUCAAAGAAGGCAUCAACGCGCCUCGCAUCUUUGUACAGGGGAAAUACCAGAAGCCUACAGUGAACGAUUGAGAACACAAAGGAACAAUUUGGGAUAAAAAUGAAUGAAGGAAAAGAUCUUUGCAUGUGGGAGGUGUUGAUUGAAAUUGAUAACAUUGCUGCGCUGUGCAGAAUGUGGAUGGGUUUUAAUUAUAAAUGCAGCUACACUUACAUUAUACCCAGGGAUGAUUUCCAGUGAUGAUGACGCACGAAGAAUACGAGCAUUGAUAUGCAAUAUCUUAGAGGAAAUUGAACUGCAGUGGAAGGAAAUUUCAACAAUUGAAUGAAGAAUUUAAUGCUUUAAAAAGAUACUUGAGAGAUGCUAAUGACAUCACUAAAUGAGGGUCAACAUUUUGAAGCAGCUUUGGUUAUAAAAGCGAAACAUGAACCCACUUCACACCACCCGUAAUCAAAGAGAAAUUUGAGCAACAAAGACUUCUUUAAAGGUUUACAAAACAAAAGUUUCUGUGAACGACGCACAAGCGAAGUGUGAAAUGCUGUUUGAGUAUGUACACAUUGUGACUGAUGGUUCAGAACUGAAAUGUCAAUAAAGUUUUUUUUUAAUAUCA